CAACAACAGCGUAAACAAACAUGGCUUUUUUCGGACAGGCAUUUUAUUUCCUGGUUCUAAUUUCCUAUUUUUCUGUAGUUCUGAGUGCGGGAUUAAACCCGCGGACUUUUGCAAGUCAUACAAGUAACCUUGCCAGAGAAGAGUUUGAAGAGAAGAGACAAGAGAAUGCUGCCAUCAGGAAGGUUCAUAUCAUUUAUAUGAAUCACCUUGAUGUUGGCUUCAAUAACUAUCUUGACAAUGUGAUCAACUUGUACUUCUCGAAAUAUUUCCCACAAGCUGUUCAACGAGCUGCAGAGCUUUCAGAUGGUGGUUAUGACGAGACCUUCCGCUACACAACUCACCCGUGGCUGGUCAGCAUGUACCUGGACUGUCCACAGUAUAUACAUCUUCUCCCCGGGGAUAAAGUAAAGUGUCCAUCAGUUGAUGAAGUUAAAGUGUUCACGCGAGCUGUGGAGCUUGGUAUCAUCACAUGGCAUGCUGGACCAAUGAACAUGCAGUAUGAGUUCAUGGAUGAAGCGCUACUCACCCACGCCUUCAAUUUCACUCUGAGUCUUGAUCAGCGGUUUAACAUUACCAGGAAAUACAGGACACUCAGUCAGAGAGAUGUACCAGGAAUGACCCAGGCAGUGAUACCGGUCCUCGUCAAGCAAGGCAUUGCUGCCAUCACUGUUGGCGUCAAUGCUGCCUCGUCACCACCUGCAGUCCCCAGGAUAUUCAACUGGGAAUACAAAGGGCAGCGAGUACUUGCCAUGUGGCAUCCGAACGGUUAUCCAGACAAUCCAGGUCGUAACCCUAACAAUCCCGGUGGUCUGUCAGUAGAUGACUGUGUGACAAUUGAUGGGUUUGACGAAGCCAUGUGCUUUGCCUUCAGAUCUGACAACCAGGGACCACCACAGUCUUUACAGGAAAUUUUGGGAUAUUAUGAAAUCCUCCGUAAGGAGUUUCCCGGGGCCAAGCUCGGUGCCUCUUACCUUGAGGACUUUACAGCAGCCGUGAUGGCUGUCCGGGACAAGCUACCAACCAUCACGAAUGAGAUUGGUGACACGUGGAUCCAGGGAAUUCAGUCUGAUCCAAGAAAGGUGGCUGAAAUGAGAGCUUUCUUGAGAAAUCGAGCAGAAUGCUUGAAAAAAGGUUUGUGUUCCUAUAGUGAUCCAAGAUUCUUCAAUUCAAGUCGCCUGCUGCUGAAAACUGCCGAGCACACCUGGGGCAGGAACGGUGUGUGGGACACCAUCAACUGGAGCAACACAGCUUUCCAGAAGGUCAAGAACUCCAAGGGAUUCAAAAACAAUGAACAAGCCUGGCUAGGCCAGCGUUACUUCACCUACUAUGCACUGAAGGCUUUAGGAAGUCAUCCAUUGGCUUCGGAUGUCAUAAAGGAAUUCACUGACCUUCAGGCUCAGAAAGUUGACCUCGCAGACUAUCACCCGUUACCUUCCAGUGACUUCUUGUUUGAGUGCUUGAACGGGAUCCAAGUAGGAUUCAAUAACAUCACCGGCUUCAUCACUCAACUUUAUGACCCACUUAAAAAGAUCCAGUGGACAUCAAGGGAGAAUGGUCUGGCAAAGUUCCAGUACGUCACCUAUAGUCAGAAGGACUUUGAUGCCAUGAAUGCAGCCUAUACCUAUGCCACGUGGUUUGCUCUCGGACUUGAGAAGCCAAACAUCACCAAGAACGCGCAUCCAGAAAGUAAAAUUUGGGAUCCUCAGUUAGUUGAAUUCUACAGAAAGAAUGAUGGAUCCUGUGACUUCUACGCCCACCUUGAGAUGAAGGAAUUCCAAACAUCCACCAAAUAUGGCGCUCCUCCAGAUAUAUGGAUUCAUUACAAUGUGACCAACAGCAAAGGAAUUGAUGUCACCGUUCAGUGGUUUAACAAGCCGGCCACCAGAAUGCCUGAAGGAAUCUUCCUCUCAUUUCAACCUGAUCCUCGUGAUGGUUACGGGUGGAUCAUGUCAAAGUCAGGCCAGAUGGUCGACCCAACAAACGUGGUAUUGAAUGGUAGCCAAAGGCAUCAUGCCAUAGAUCGAGGUGUUGCCUACGUCAACAAAGAAGGAACUGGCAUAGCAUUUACUUCAAAAGACGUGGCGCUGGUUUCAACUGUCACCAAGAACCUCCCGCCAACCGCCUUCCCGUUACCGCUACACCAGACAGAUGAAAUCACAGGGAUGUCAUACAACUUGUUUAAUAAUCUAUGGAAUGUCAAUUACGUGUUCUGGUACCCCUAUGCACCGGGUGAUGAGGACUUUAAGGCCAGGUUUUCUAUUAACUUGGUUGACGACAAAACCUGGAGUCAUGAAAGAAAUCCUCGUGUCCAGAAAGAUGAGACCUCAAGUUUGAGGUUUAAGUCUUAUAAGGAAUUGAAAGAGUUUGAAAAACUUUGAUUAUGCUGGUGAUUCCGUCCCUGUAAGGGCUCUGUCCAAUUCUUUGUAUAAAAUGUAUAACUGGAGCAUGCAAUUACAAAUCUGUGAUACCAUGCACUGAAGCAUCAUAUUGCUAUGUCGUAGUCCAUUGUAACUGUCACAGUCCUAAAAUUGUAAAGUUUAAUAUGAAUUUCUUGUGAGAUUUAGUGUUGGUAAAGUGACAAUUGGGAGAACACAGAAAAGUUGUGCCUAUGUGAUAAUACUCAUGAUUGAAAGUGAAGUUAUUCCUGCAUUCUGGUUGUGACUUUGUCAUCAUGAGACCAAUUUGAGAUCAAUUGAAAUAUUAUAAUCAAACACAAUGGAAUCUCUCUCUAUGGAACAAAACAAUGAUAUGUUGGAUUUGUUAUAUACUUCCAUAAUGAGAGGGGCACAGUAGGCCCAUCUUGGCUACCAAUGAAGGUUGAGGAAGUCGCAGGGAAGGCAGCUUUAAUGUAAAAGUUGUUUUUUCUAUUCUGUUCAGUGUUGCAGCUGAGAUUAUAGAAAAUGUACCAGUUUUACAUUUCAACUUGGAUGUAGGGCAAUUAACCAUUAGCUGAUGCUGAUCAAAAUUCCAGAAAGGUUGGUAAUCUCAAAUCUAACAACUGUGAUAAAAAUACACCUGAACAUUAGGGGCCAAAUUCAUAAAGGGCGUUUAAGGGUUAGACGUGGGUAACUUCUCUCUAAUCAGUUUCAGGGCCUAUUGAUAUUCUGUGAAGAUUUACAUGACGGACCUGAACCUGUCUAUUCAGUAGUUAAACGCUGUUUUGCGCUAAACGCCCUCUAUGAAUUUGGCCCUAGAUGUUCAUCUUUUCAAAUGUGUGUUUGCCAUUACAGCUGAAAUUUAACUUGUUAUGUACAUGUGCAGGAAAAGAAGACGUUUUAUGUAUGAUCUUCGUUUUAAUUAAACAAUUCAGUCAAUUUCGUAUAGCGAAUGUGUAGUGCAAGCUUGCAAACACUUCUGAUUAUUAAGCCUAUUGGUAUUUUUUCAACUCAUUCAAACAUUCCGUUUAUACCUGUCAUUCCAUUUAGCUAAUUCCUGUUUCGAUAUUUUUCUGAUUAAUGUACAAAAUAUUGCUCCAAGGGUAAAGAGAGUCAAUAAAAUGCAAUGAAAGUCUAUACAUCGAUCUUGAAAACAUAGCACAAUAAUGACAGUACUCUAAACAUGCUGUAAUGCUGGUUUGUGGUUCAACUUUUGUUGAUAAAAUGUGCAUAAAGUUCAUUCAUAAUUUCAUUGUAAAAUUUACAUGCAUUUGUAUGAAAAGAAUUAUGUUAUAUAGAGUAAAAAGAUUAAUAUAACACCCUGAAGUUCAAUAUCUAACAUACAUAA